CCGUAGAAGAAGAAGUCUAUGGUCUAACUUCCUUGUGGGAAGAGCUCGACCGGCUACCAGCUAACAAGUUCUCCAGAAACAGCCAGGAGUUUGAUUAAAGACUGUUUUUAUCAGUUACACCAUGUCGGACAGUCCAGGAUUGCCACCAGGUGAAGACCAGAAUUUAGAGAUUCAAGGCUCUGUGACAGUCUGCAGUGUAGAGGUAGAGACUGAGAUCCAUGAGGAAAACACUCUUAAUGAUGGGCACUUCUACUGCGAGACCUGCUGUAAACUGUAUGUGGAUGAGUGUGAGGUUCAUGGUCCUCCAUUGUUUACCCAUGAUUCCCGCACGCCUGUGGGAGUUCCUCAGAGGGCUCUCCUCACUCUUCCACAAGGUCUGGUCAUCGGUAGAUCAACUUCUCCUGGAGCGGGACUCGGGGUUUUUAACCAGGGCAGAGUCAUUCCUCUUGGAAUGCAUUUUGGACCCUUUGAUGGAGAGGUGACCAGCCAGGAGAAGGCAGUGGAGAGUGCGUAUUCAUGGGUGAUAUGCAGAGGAGGCGACCAGUACGAUUACAUUGAUGCAGAGAGAGACACUCACUCAAACUGGAUGAGGUAUGUUGUGUGCUCUCGGUCUGAGAAUGAGCAAAACCUGGUGGCGUUUCAGCAGAGCGGGCGCGUUCUGUUUCGCUGCUGCCGCCCCAUCCACCCCGGACAGGAACUGAGAGUGUGGUACGCAGAGGAUUACGCCCAAAACCUAAGCACCAUCUGGGAUAAGAUCUGGGACAGGAAGUGCAGUCCUAUAGGAAGAAGUGAUGAAGAGGCACAGGUUUUAACCUGUCCUUACUGCCAGUACUCUUUCCCAGCUCCUGUUUAUCUGCACAGGCACGUCAGGCGCUCGCACCCAGAUGAGUAUCCACACCUCUCAGAAGCCCAGGCUCUCGAGCCUGUUGAACAGACAUCAGUCAUAAAGUUGGAUCAGUGUCUGCUCGCCUCUGAUGCACCAUCUUCAUCUCAAGUGCAGCCAAUCACAGAAUCUUUCCAGAGCCAGUUUCCUUCUCUCAGUGGCCAGACAGAGAAAUCAGGUACAGCUGAAACAUCACAUGAACAUAACAGUUUGAACGAAGACCAGACAGACAGCGGUGCACCGGAGAACAAAUGUGGUGAUUGCAGGAGAACAUUUCUGAGGUCGUGCCACUUAAAAAGACACCAGCGCACAAUCCACUCGAAAGAGAAGCCAUAUUGCUGCAGCCACUGCAGGAAGUGCUUCAGUCAGGCAACAGGGUUGAAAAGACACCAGCAAACUCACCAGAAUGAAACGGAGCAAAGAAUGGAGGUGAAAGAGGGUGCGCUGACAGAUAUCUAUCCUUGUACUGAGUGCUCAUUCUCUUUUGUGGCUAAACUCAAUCUAUACAAACAUCUCAAACGGCACCACCAUGGAGAGUACCUAAAACUGGUGGAGAACCAGUCUUUUAGCGCACUGCAAACUGAGGAGAUCUCAGACAAACAUGACCCUCCAUAUGAACCACCAGCCAGACUCAGGAGAUCCACUGGGAGCCCUAAUGGGAGCAGGGGUCACCCUAAAAAAGGACCUACUGGCCGGCCUCGUGGCAGACCACCUAAAAACAAGAGCCCCCAGCAGCCAAUUAAGAACAAAGUUCAAGAGCAGAGUGCUGAGCCUGAACAGACCACCACUGACCUUGAUGGUUCAGCAGUGCCACAGAGAGCUAAUACAGAUGGCACAAUGCCUCAGGAACUGCCCACAUCUUCACACAUCUGCGGUGAGUGUCUGAGAACCUUCAGCCACCUGCAUCUUCUGAAAAGCCAUGAUUGCAUCCAACAGGGCGACGGUCCCCAUGGGUGCUCCCGCUGCGGCCUCUAUUUCAACCGCCUGUGCAACCUGCGGCGACAUGAACGCACCAUUCAUGGAAAGGAGCGGCCGUACUGCUGCACGCUGUGUCUCAAGUCCUUCACGCAGUCGUCUGGUCUGAAGCGCCACCAGGACAGUCACUCACGCCGCAGCACCCACCGCCAGAGCGCCGCACUGGCUGACGCCACCAUCUACCCCUGCAACCACUGCCCCUUCUCCUUCACCGGCGAACGCUACCUGCACAAGCACGUCCGCCGCCACCACCCGGAGAUGACCACCAAGUACCUCUGCUUCAACGAGGGCGACGUGACGUCCAAGGACCACAGCUGCACGCAGUGCUCCAAGAUCUUCCGCACGAUCAGGGGUUUCAAGAAUCACGCCUGCUUUAGGCAGGGCGACCAGCUGUACCUGUGUCCUGACUGCGGUAAAGCCUUCAGCUGGUUCAACAGCCUGAAGCAGCACCAGCGCAUUCAUACGGGCGUGAAACCGUAUGCCUGCUCGCAGUGCGGGAAGAGUUUCGUGCACUCGGGCCAGCUGAACGUCCACAUGCGCACCCACACAGGCGAGAAGCCAUUCCUCUGUGCUGAGUGCGGCGAGAGCUUCAGGCAGUCGGGCGACCUGAGGCGACACGAGCAGAAGCACUCAGGCGUGCGGCCAUGUCAGUGCCCCGACUGCGGGAAGAGCUUCAGCCGGCCACAGAGCCUCAGGGCCCACCAGCAGCUUCACAGGGGAACAAAAAUGUUCCCCUGCACACAGUGUGGGAAAAGCUUUGCGCGUCGGUACCACCUCACCCGCCACCACCAGAAAAUGCACUCCUGACCAGCAACUCAAUGGAUGCACUCAAUGCCUAUAAUGACUGAUGGACUGAAGGUUUCUGUUAGAUCAUUUUAAUAUCAGUGUGCAGCCACAUAGAUGCUCUGAUGCAAAGCUUCUGAACAGUGCAUGUUGUGUUAAUGCACAGUCCAACCUAUAAGGAUACAUACAUAUUUAAAACUGAAACAAGUGUUUCAAACUGACUGAAGCAACUGUUCCAGAUGUUCUGUAUGUAUUAUUAGUAUGAGUAGUUCAUCACAAGCAAUAGAUAAAUGGCACAUAUUGUACAGAAGGGUACAAUAGUUGAGGGCAGACUUAAAUGAGCAAAAGGAAAUGUAUCCACUAAAUUAUACUUUACAAAUCUUAAAGGCUGGUAUCUGCGAUACGGAUUUGGAAUCAAAUAAAAUGUUUAUCUGAUCAUACAAUAAAAUAUUUGGAAAUUCUUUAAACUCUGUUACUGAGAAAUCAGCACUCAGUGUAAUGAGUACGUUCAGAGUACGCUGAUCUGCUGUGGUGGUGCUGUGUUAGCAUAAUCUACAGCAGUGGUCACCAACACUGGUCCUGGACAUUUUUCUUCUUGCAGAGUUUAGUUUCAACCCUGAUCAACCACAUCUACUACUGUUAAUUAACUUCUGAAGUUCUUCUUUGGCUGGAUCAGAUGCUUUAGUGUUGGAUAAGGUGGGUGCAGCAUGUUAGACGCAGGUUGGAGGGCUGGUGAGCACUGACCUACCGCAGUUUCUAAAAUCAGUCCUUGGGACACAUCUGACAGUUCCACGUUUGCUUUGUUCCAAAACUCCACUCACAAGGGUUAGAGCAAAAAUGUUGGCCCCCAGGGGCCGGAUUCAAAAACACUGAACUGUGUUAUAAUACUGAUGUGUGAAAAUGUUGGACAUUAAUGAAAUAAGUAAAUACUAUUAACAUGACAGUACCAGCUGA